CCCGGGAGCGCCAUUCGCGUCUGGGAAUCCCGCAGCGGCCGGGCGUGUUUGCGUGCUCCCUAUGCAGACCGGGCGUUACCCCGUUAGCAAAGCCCGGUUGUUUGGCAGGAGGGAGGGCAGUGGCCGCUCAUUUUCUCGCCGCUGAUUGCUCCUCUCUCACCCGGAGCGGGGCAGCUCCGCUCCCAGCGUGCACCGCUGAGUGGGUUUGCUUCACAAGAGCCAAGAUGGCAGAUUUCGAAGAGCAGAUUACGGACGAUGAGAAGGUGCGCAUAGCUGCCAAUUUUGUCUCCUAUGCGCCUCCAGGAGAGUUUAACGAAGUCUUCAAUGAUGUGCGGUUACUGCUCAACAAUGACAAUCUUCUCAGGGAAGGGGCGGCGCACGCAUUUGCCCGUUACAACAUGGAUCAGUUUACCCCUGUCAAGAUCGAGGAUCAUGACGAUCUGGUCCUGAUUACAGAGCACGGGGAUCUGGGCCAUGGGAGGUUCUUUGACCCGAGGAACAAACUUUCAUUCAAGUUCGACCAGUUGAGGAAAGAAGCCAGCGACCCCCAGCCCUAUGAGGGGGAGGCGGCUCUCAGACCCUGGAGGGAUGCCUGCGACAGCGCCCUGCGAGCGUACGUGAAGGAUCACUAUCCCAACGGAGGCUGCACUGUUUAUGGGAAAACCAUUGAUGGACAGCAAACCAUUAUUGCCUGUAUCGAGAGCCACCAGUUUCAGCCCAAAAACUUUUGGAAUGGCCGCUGGAGAUCUGAGUGGAAAUUCAACAUCACCCAGUCUACUGCUCAGGUGGUGGGAGUCCUCAAGAUUCAGGUUCAUUACUAUGAAGAUGGUAAUGUCCAGCUGGUUAGCCAUAAGGAUGUACAGGAGUCCUUGACGAUCUCUACGGAAGCUCAGACUGCAAAGCAGUUUGUUAAAGUUAUUGACAGUGCAGAAAACGAGUACCAGACUGCCAUCAGUGAGAACUACCAGACCAUGUCAGACACCACGUUCAAAGCCUUACGCCGUCAACUGCCUGUCACUCGCACCAAGAUAGACUGGAACAAGAUCCUCAGCUACAAGAUCGGCAAAGAGAUGCAGAACGCUUAGUGCAGACAGAGCAUGAGAUUGCUGCUCUGACAAACGUGUGCAAAGAAAAAAAGAAUCGAGGUGUGGUCUCACGAAAUGUGUGCUCUGACUUGAAACGAAAUCCAAGAAUAUUAGAAUGGGUGGGGGUUGGGGGGGGGGA